UGAUUUUUUUGGUUGAUGUCUUUCUAUUCUAGCAUCUAUUUGAUUGGAUAUUUGGAUCGAAGGAUUAUUUAUAGGAAAUUCAGUGACUGUACUUGAUGAAGAUAAUAGUGGCUCCAUUAAAGGAAAAACAGAUCCAAACCUAUACAUAAACAUUAUUUACAGAGACAGAAAUGCACAAUUAUCAAGCAGUCGUAAGAAGAUAUUAGCAAUUUACUAAUUUGCUGUAAUAAAAUCUAUAAAUUGUGAAAUUCAAAAGUUUUUCAAAUAUUCUGACCGACUUUGAAUGUAAAAAAUCAGUAAUAUUAAAUGUUUGACAGUUGUCGUUUUGCUACUUUUCACAAGAAAAAACAUAUAUAUACAAACGUACAAAGAGAGAUGCUAAACCGUGCGGACCAUGCGUCUGUGUAUUUACGUGUAUAUAUGUAUAUGUAUAUUACUAUUGCAUCUAUUAUGAUUCCUUAGCGCAUAGAAGUACUGUGACUUUUGUACAUAUUUGACAUUUCAUUCCGCCAAAAAUAAGCAACCGGCACAUAAUCGUUGCAUACACAUCGUUAAUACUUUUUGAAACCAAUCAAAAUUUUAGCUUCGAGAUAUUCAUUUCGUUUUUUUAUUUGGUAUUUUUUUGGUUUUGUGAUUUAAAACCGAAAUGAAUUGUGUAUUUUGCCAAGACCCAUUGUUUGGUGCAGAAAAUUCACAGUUAACGGCUGCAAAGUGUGGUCACGUUUUUCAUAGCAAUUGUCUUGAAAACGCAUUAAAGUACAAGUAAGUAGAUUUUUGGUGCAAAUGCAGUGAAAUUUAAAAAAAAACCUUGUUCAUAUUCAUUUCAAAUUUAAUCUGAAUUUCGUGUUUCUAGAACAUCAUUUUGUCCAUUGUGCAAACAAAGACUACUAAUGCGUCAUGCUGGUCCUUUGCAUCUUCAAGCAGAAGAUAUUGAACCAAAUGUCCCGAAUAUGGAAAAUGAACAAAAUGAAGACAUUCAGAACAUUGGAUCGAAUGACGACGAUAGUGCCAAUGAUCAAAACGUUAACGAAAUUGACAUGGAAUUGAAUGGUGCGAUGCAAGACGAUUCGUCUGCAAAUACAACUCAAGAAGUAGUAGGCGCUGAAAAUGUUGCGAUGCAAGACGAAGCGUCUGCAAAUUCAAGCGAAAAUCUUGGACAAAAACCUGCUAUUACAACGCAAGAAGUAGUAGGCGCUGAAAAUGAUGCGAUGAAAGACGAAGCGUCUGCAAAUUCAAGCGAAAAUCUUCGACAAAAACUUGCUAUUGUCAACAUUUCAAAUACUCCGACACCAAUGCAAGUCGUUGACCGUCGUAACACCAUUGCACAUGAACGUAAUGCACGUGUCAUUUAUACAGUACGUCCUGUGGUAUUGGCUAGUCCAUCUAACAAUCGAAACAAACUCCCAGCAAUUGCUCGUGAUGUGAUCAUGCCAAACAUUCCAAGUGUUUCAAAUUCGUCAACUAACAAUGACAACGGUUUAACUGAAAUUCCCCUUCAACAACAACGAAUGGCCAACGUCAGCAAUACUUUGAUUCCAAAACGUCGUCAAAGCCUAUACGAUCGAAAUGUACGUAUCGGUCGUCCAGAAAAUGCCACCCAGGUCGAAAGUUUAAUAAGACGUUCGCAAAGAAAUCGGAAACCGGUACAUCGUUAUAAUGUGGGCAUAACACUUUGCUGUGUAUGCAACAAAUCGUACCGUCACGACGACGUUGAACAUUAUGGUGGCCAAGUCGUAUGCUCCAUCGCUUGCUUCAAAAAAGGCAAUUAAUGCUGACAUACAGAAAGAUAUUUAUAUGAAAUAUAAACAGAUCUCGUUCCGAUUUUUUUUUAUCAAAUGCAAUCAAUU